GCCCUUAAGCCAUAAUCCAGACAAAGCCGCCUAAGCAAUGGGGCGGCUAAAGCGGACAUCUCGAUCACGUAUCGGUGGGGUGAUUCCUGGUUAGCUGCUUCCCUGCAUUUGGCUAAGCAAAUCUGUACAACAAUCAUGCGUGUCCCAAACGUCGUAUACGCAGCAGUAGCCUCUUUGGAAGAUAUAUUUUUUUUCUUUAGACGCAUUAGCAGGCUAACAAGACAGAUGAAAGGCAUUUUUGAAUAUUAACAUCUUUCUGUCGGUCCACUGUAGCUUUCUUUCAAGCCCCCCGCCCGGGCGACAGGCCUGCCAUGUUUUUACUUUCAUUGGGCUGCCGAUCCUGGAUUCGGAAAUGCAUGAAUGAGGUCAUUUUAUGUCACGCUAGAACAACAAUUGAAAAUAGUCUUAAUGAAAUAGAAAUCCCACCGCUUGACGUUUUUUUGUGGAGUGACAUUGCCUCUCUCUAUAGAGACGGGUGUUUGCUUGGUCCCCAACGGCAAGCUCUACGCCGAGCGGCCGUGAGAUUUAACACUUUUCUGUCGACAUGGGACUACCUGAUUGUUUGAGGAAGCCCAAGAUGGGGAGGGGAAAAUGUGGGGAUAUGGCUGUCUCUUCUGCAACGCAUCCUGAAUCGAUUGACAGGCCCGCAGUGGCGGAAACUGUAUCGAGGGAGUCAGGCGGAUAUUUACUUUUCCACCCAGCGUCGAAUGGCACUCUUUUCCUUGUUUGGAGUGAGAGGGAAGUGGAUAAGGCGAUGGCUUUUUUUGAACCGAAAAAGUCUGUGCCUGGCUUCAAGUUCAAGGUUAACGGCGGACGACAAGAAAUUUUUAGGAACUUGCUGAACGACAAGAAAAAUUACUACGAGGGAUGGUGUCAAUUUUUCAAGACUGCAGUCGAAUUCAAUGGCGAAUGCAGGCUGUUGGCGGGGGCUGACACAGCUCCGCUAAAAGUGACUGUUGCCUUUUUAUAUGGGACCACAGUGAAGAAGCUGACGCAAACACAAACUCUGUCGACAAGUGGCGUAGUUGCCAUAGGAUGUGUGCCAAUGGCACAGACUACAUUCGACGUUCGGACGAUGCACAGGGAGUUGUUCUUGGGGAGCGCACGACAAAGCGGAGCUGCUCUGGCCCUGUAGGAGUGAGCCAACACCAAAAAGGAAUGCGGAUAAAGUGGAAGAUGAGAAAGCGCUGGACGUCUAGUGUGCCAACAGUACACUCGAGUGCCAGGCCAUCGGUUUGGAGAGCAGCGCUGGAGAGUUUGUGAAUUUGGGAAGGAAUGCCGAUCGAUACUGAUGCCUCCCGGGGAAAGAGGGAGGGAGCUGCCCCCUGUUUUUCACGUCGCGCUAACUACAUCGCUGUCGUAGGAACAUCUGCCGCGUCGUGGCUCCUUCUGAAUGUGACAGAAUAACACGUUCUCGAUAUUUCCGUCGUCCACCCAUUCUGAGAAAUGGAACAGUUGUCUGCACUUGUGCUGCGGUGAAGGGUGAGCCUAGUGGACCUGGUUUCCUCGAGAACGAUCAGCUGAUUGCAUUCCAGCAGACAUCAAGGCUCCGGCUGCACUGAAGUUUCUUGAUGCGGGCGUCACUGUGAGGCGUCUUUGAUACAGAGCACCUGCUAGAGGAACCGACGCUACGUUUACGUUGUGACAUUUUAACGACUCUUUGAACGGGAGUAUAGCGCGUCGCUUCCAGGACUUGACACCAGGAGAGCGUCUGCCAUUAUAUCGUUAUUUUAUGAACAUGCGGUUCUUUGGCCCACACUGCUAGAUACUGGGUGCAAGCGAGCGCCUCACACAAAAAAGUGGAGGCAUGUAUCUGUCGUGUUUAGCAGUCAUCGGCAGCUAGUAGACCCCAUCGUGUGUUCAGAGAGCCAUGCUCUGUCGUACAUGGGGAUGAGUGUCACGAGUUAGGCAACAACUGCUCGUACACUCUUGCUCGUUUUUCCAGUCAGUUACUUUUCAGCUGAGACGAAGUAGAGUCCAGGUUAAGGCCGUAUUGAGCGAAUGAUAUGCUAUAGAAUAAGCUGUUCCUCACUUGUCAUUCACUAUCCCAUUGUUUAUACAACGCUUCCAUGAGGCUUCGGAUGUAUUCGAGACAUCCGCCGGCACACGUUAGGCAUGACAGCGGAAUUCUCCCACAUGAGGAGUGCCCCAUAUUCAUCUCAGGUGGUUGAGAAGCUAUCCGUGUAUCUCACGAACUCUUUCGUUUUUUUGCGGUAGUGAGUCUGUUUCUGGAUAUUAAGGGCUACGAGAUAGCACUUUUCAAAUAAUCAUGGAGCUAGCAACUGUUCUAUAUAAGGUUACAAAAUAUAGCUAUCAGAGAGAUAACACUGGGCAAUAUUUCUGUUUUGCAGUGGGUCAUACCCUCACUUCUUCGAUUUAUUAUUCUCUCCCCUCACACUUUUCUCUCCCUUGCAGUCCAUUUUGUGUAAAAAAAUAUGGCUAUACUUGACUGAAAAAUGCGUAUCCUCGGACGGCAACGCGCAUGAAAUGUGAACUGUGGGUUCUGCUGGUGACGAAGAGAUUAUU